AUUGCUCGUGGUUUUAUUUCGGCGAACGGAGCUCUCAGGGUUAAGAUCGUGCGCCAGCCAUGGCCCGCUGCUGCCGACUGCCUUGCGUCAAGUUUUUGGAAUUGAUAUUCACUGUAGCCUGCCUCACCUUGCACGCAAUGAGCCUAAAACCAGCCGACAUGGAGCAUUUUUGGCUUCUGUCGGUCACUUUCAUCGGCAUGCUGAUUGUGGAAUUCGGCGGCGCCUUCGCUGAAUGCAUCAAAACGCCUCUUCCAAGUCACGUGGAUGCACUUUACAGCGUCUUGGGUGCAAUCUUGUUCUUAGCAUCCGGAGUGGCUUGCCUGAGAUUUUGGGACGAUGAGCCAAGAGAAUUAAUUGUCGUGCGAUAUGGAAUGUGGAAGGGCGUCCUUUCAUGCGUAACCAGCGUGCUCUUUGUGAUUGACGCUUUCAGAGCCCUGAACGGCAGUGAAAUAUGUGCAGGACAACCCUACCUUCAGUGACAGUCUCAUGCCCUUUAAAUUGUAUAAAAUAAUCUAUAAUCUUGCAACUAAUAAUUUAAAUAAUUUUGCCUGGAUGCUAAUUAAGCAAUGCAUUAAUAAUUUUAUAAGAGACUGAGUAAUUUUAAAAUCUUAAUUAUUGAAAGAUUAAGUUAAAUUAAUGAAAUUAACAGAAAUAAAAUAUUAGACUAGGAAGAUGCUAACUUUCAGUUUCCUUGAUUAAUGUGAUAGCAAGUGUAGCUUUUAAUCUCUCAAUAUUUUUUAGUUAAAUCUUUUAUGAAUAAUAAAAAAAAUAGAAAAUUUUCAUUAAUUUACUUGUAAAAUUCAAUGAAAUAUGAUCGUUUAAUUAAAAUUGAGAAGUGUGUUAAUUUUAAUUUUCAAUGAAUC